AUGCAGCGACCUGAUGUGCAUAGUCUGGCGUUGCUUCUGCACGAUACGUGGCAGCGCAACGCAGCGCGACGGCGAUGUUCUGCCUGGGUGCCUCAAGGAUGGGUCCUUGGUGGUGGGUAUUACUGGUCUAUUCCACAUUUUGAGAGCUUCCGCGUAUCCUUUACAGGGCCGCUUUGGAGCCAUUCCCUCCACGAGGCCCCAUCGGCAAACCUCGCAUUGCAUAUUGACACUAUGUUUGCCAUCAAUGACGCUGCCGAUUCUGAUAUAGCAGAUAUCCCAUUUGGGAGGAAAUUCGCCGAGUGGUGCAGAGUUCAUGCAAGCGUGUACGGUGCGGUAGGGCUAUAUGCCAACUUCCCGCUUUCACUGGACGACAAACGAACACCAGCCACGCCUUUUCCACAACUCCCAAAAUGCGGACGUCCAAUCACGACGCCAAAGGGGCACUAUGGAAAUGGUGCUGGGGCGUGCCAUGGAGGUUGCGUUUAUAUGCCAGACGUCUUCCCAUUGAUACUGGUCCAACCGCCUCUAUUAAAAGGCUGA